UCCGUUAUCCAUGCUGUGGGGCACCUUUCCUUCAUCUGGAUCGGCAAGAGCGACCACAUCCCGAGCAAUCGAUAAACUAGCGGUGGAAAGACUUGGCCAGUAAUUCUACUUCGAUAGACCUUCACAACACAAGAUCAACCGCAAUUAUGAGUGACGUGAAGAAAUACGAGAUCACCGAGCCAUGGAUCAAGCUCCACUGCGCUCUUGGUGAAGCGCCGUUCUGGGAAGAAUCCACCAAUACAAUUCGCUUCGUCGACGUCGAAAAGCAAGAGCUGCACCGCGUAUCCGUUACCGAAGGUCCCUCGUCCCACAAAGUCGUUAAGCAAUACGACAUCAGCAUAGGCUGUACCGCCGACAUCGAAGGCAACGACACCGACUUCAUCUUUGGCGGCAAAUACGGCUAUGGCAUAUGCGACAAAGAGUCGGGCGAGUACCGCUGGAUCAAGAAAGUAUGGUCAGAUGAAGAGGUAAAGGCUGGCAAGCUGAACAAGUUCCGCGGCAACGACGGCGCUGUCGACAGCGGAGGACGGUUCUGGGUCGGUUUCAUGUUCGACCCGCUGGUCACUGAGAUGAACAACGAGGGCGCGGUGUUCAGGUUGCAUUCUGACGGGACGCUGGAUCGUCCGUUGGAUGGGAUUACGAUCCCGAACGGGACGACGUGGAACCAGACAGACGAUACCAUGUUCUUCGCCGAUAGUCCCUUCAAGACCAUCUACCAAUUCGACUACGAUGCAAAGACGGGACACGUCUCGAACAAGCGCCCGUUCUUUGUCAUGCCCGAAGACAACAGGUAUGGUGAGGAUGCGGUGCCGGACGGUCAUUGCAUUGAUGAGGAGGGAUACAUGUGGACAGCGCUGCACGGAGGAAGCCACGUGUUGAGGAUCUCGCCGAAGGGUGAGAUCGUUGCGGAAAUCAAGGUGCCGACGAGCCAGCCGACAUGUCCGUGUUUCGUGGGCGAGGAGCUCGUCAUCACAAGUGCGGGCGGCACCGCUGGCGAGGGAGGAAAGCCUGUCGACGAGAACGCCGGAAGUGUGUUCAAGAUCAACGUGGGCAUCAGGGGGCUCAAGAGGUUCCGCUUCAAGGGCGGUGCUGCAGUAGAGGGUGGCAAGGAGGACGGAAAAGUUGUGUCCGAGUAGACAAUGACACUUUCUUGUUACAUUGGACAAGCAGGGGUAUAUAGCGCCAGUGAUGACAAACUCUAUAUCGCAGGAAGCCUUUCGAUAAGACUGUUCAUCUGGGCAAUGCACUCAAGAAGCUUUCAACACCAAAACCUUCGAACACG